GAACCAUCAUGAAACUGGAGACAUGGUUUACAGCAGGUCACUAAUGCUGGAAAAAGUACAGAGUCCAGGGGAACAUGGGCUCAGACCUUUCUGAAUUCUGGAAUUUUUCCCCCCUUUUUCUUAACUUUCACUAAGGGAAUGAGGGUUACUGUAGUCUGAGGCUUCCUUCCCAAGGUCACAAAAUAUGACAAGCUGCAAUCUUUCUCACGCUCCAUGAUUUCUGCUGUAAACCAAAGGACUGCCAAUAAUCUCGCUAAGAAUGUCUGCUAGUUCCGAUACUGGGGAUUGUCAAGAAUUUCUUAAGCAUGGAUUUACAGCUAUUGGUGAAGAAGACUUUUAAAAAACACAAAAGCCUAGGAUUCUUUCCUCGCCUGAGAAGUAAAUGAUACGUAGAUACGUAGCUCAAGAAAGGUGCUGGGCUUCCGGACCGACACCGACACCCCAUUCCCGCCCGCUGCCGCCUUGUCAUGCUGCCCAAAGUGGAGACGGAAGCCCCAGGACUGGCCCGAUCGCAUGGGGAACAGGGGCAGAUGCCGGAAAACAUGCAAGUGUCUCAAUUUAAAAUGGUGAAUUACUCCUAUGAUGAAGAUCUCGAAGAGCUAUGUCCUGUGUGUGGAGACAAAGUGUCCGGGUACCAUUAUGGUCUCCUUACCUGUGAAAGCUGCAAGGGGUUUUUUAAGCGAACAGUCCAGAACAAUAAAAGGUACACAUGUAUAGAAAACCAGAACUGUCAAAUUGACAAGACACAGAGAAAACGUUGUCCUUACUGUCGAUUCCAGAAAUGUCUAAGUGUUGGAAUGAAGCUAGAAGCCGUAAGAGCUGACCGCAUGCGAGGAGGCAGAAAUAAGUUUGGGCCAAUGUACAAGAGAGACAGGGCCCUAAAGCAACAGAAGAAAGCCCUCAUUCGAGCCAAUGGACUUAAGCUGGAAGCCAUGUCUCAGGUGAUCCAAGCGAUGCCCUCAGAUCUGACCAUCUCCUCAGCAAUCCAAAACAUGCAUUCUACUAAAGGCCUACCUCUGAACCAUGCUGCCUUGCCUCCCGCAGACUAUGACAGGAGUCCCUUUGUCACGUCUCCCAUUAGCAUGGCAAUGCCUCCCCAUGGCAGCCUGCAAGGUUACCAACCAUAUGGUCACUUUCCUAGCCGGGCCAUCAAGUCCGAGUACCCAGAUCCCUACACCAGCUCGCCGGAGUCAAUGAUGGGUUACCCCUACAUGGAUGGUUACCAGACAAGCUCGCCAGCCAGCGUCCCACACCUGAUACUGGAACUUUUGAAGUGUGAACGAGAGGAGCCUCAAAUUCAAGUGAAAAUCUCGAGUUUCUUACAGCAAGAGCAGGCAAACCGAGGCAAGCACGAAAAACUGAACACGUUUGGGCUUAUGUGCAAAAUGGCGGACCAGACGCUCUUUACCAUCGUUGAGUGGGCCAGGAGUAGUAUCUUCUUCAGGGAACUGAAGGUUGACGACCAAAUGAAGCUGCUUCAGAACUGCUGGAGCGAGCUCUUGAUCCUUGAUCACAUUUACCGGCAAGUGGUACAUGGGAAGGAAGGGUCGCUCUUACUGAUAACUGGGCAACAAGUUGACUUCUCCAGCAUCGCCUCCCAAGCCGGAGCCACACUCACCAACCUCAUGAGUCACGCACAAGAGCUCGUCCUGAGACUGCGCGCCCUCCAGUUUGACCAUCGAGAGUUUGUGUGUCUCAAGUUCCUUGUACUCUUCAGCUUAGACGUCAAGAAUCUCGAGAACUUCCAGCUCGUGGAAAGUGUCCAGGAACAGGUGAAUGCGGCUCUGCUAGACUACACGAUCUGCAACUACCCACAGCAGACGGAGAAAUUCGGACAGCUACUUCUUAGGCUGCCAGAAAUCCGGGCAAUCAGCAUGCAGGCUGAAGAGUACCUCUACUACAAGCACCUGAACGGGGAUGUCCCCUACAAUAACCUGCUCAUCGAGAUGCUGCAUGCGAAAAGAGCCUAAGUCACCACUUCUGGAAGCUUGCUCUUGGAACACAGAGAUUAACAGAGAGACUGGAGGGAGAAGAGGAGGAGGAAAAAGAAAGCAUAAUACUCUGAACUGCUCCAAGCAAUGCAAAUUACAAACUUGGUUUAAAGACACUGAGAUUUAAAAAGCUUAAUAAUCAAAUACUUAAUAGCAAAGAAAUGAUCUAUCAGGGUAUCCGUACUGCAAACUGUGAAUGAAAGGCUUCCCGUCCCCCGAGAACUCAUAAGAAAGACAUUGUCACGGGGUGGAUUGAACUCACAGAGUCCAAUACCACAUCACAAUAGAAACGGACAGAACAUUCCUUGUAUAUUUAAACUGAUCUGGUAAGAAAUUCAGCAGCUGGCCGGUGUUAUUAUUGGACGUGUCCAGAAUUCCUCCAUGGUGAAGCCGAACAACUCUCAAAGAAUACACGGGCUGUGCCUUGGCAGCCCCCCUCCUCCCAGAAGGCCCCCACACCUUCUGACCUGUGAGCUCGGAAGCUAUCCUAAGGACUUCGUUCAGCCACACCCAGUAGUAGCUCCACUAAAUCAUGAGUUCUGCGUGUCUGUCUUAGACCUGCCAGCAACUAAUAAGAGCAAUGUAUAAAUAUGUCAGCUUGCCAUUUUUAAUGUUCUGAAGUUGUUUUGUCGUGUGUUCGUAAUUUAACUAAAGCAGGCAGUAUCUCUCUUCUAUAUAAGCAUUAGUUUAAUAUUAAAGGAAAUCAAACAAAUUUAAGCAAAUACUCCCAACAAGCAAGCUAGAUCUUAUUUCUGCUAUUUUUGCUGAAAUACAGCUUUGGCAUGGUUGGGUUUCAUAAGCUUUUGCCCAAGAGGCUUCUUAGUACACAUCCGUCUGUGUAGUCAUCAGGGUUUGUAGUUCACUUAAAAAAAAAAAAAAACACUAAA